AUGGCGAUGGAUCAGUUUCUACAAUUGGCAGUGUCUCCCAUAAGUUACCAUGAAGCUUACAUAAAACUUCUUAUAGAUGCGCCCCGGCUUUGGCAGCAACUGCCUCUCUACGCAGGUGUGAGCCUUGCUAGCCCUUCCGCCAGGAGACUGUUGCAGUCGGCCAGCCCCUGCUCCUUGGUAACUGUGUAUGACCGAAAGGCCGUGAUCAAGAAUGCUGAUAUGUCGGAGGAGAUGCAACAGGACUCUGUGGAGUGUGCUACACAGGCAUUGGAGAAAUAUAAUAUAGAGAAGGACAUUGCAGCCCGUAUCAAGGAGUUUGACAAGAAGUACAACCCCACUUGGCACUGCACUGUGGGGAGGAACUUCAGUAGUUAUGUGACACAUGAAUCCAAACACUUCAUCUACUUCUACCUGGACCAAGUGGCCAUUCUCCUGUUCAAAUCUGGUUAA